AUGGAUGAUAUGAAAAGUCUUGAUGACAGAGUACUGGACAGUAUAAAUGAAUUUCAAAAAUCAGUUUUGAAAUUGAGAUUUUUAGAAGUAAAUGAAAGAGAUUUGUUAAACAUGAUCAAAAUCAUUGAUGAAACUCAUUUUUUUUGUAUUUAUUGUAAUAAGCAUUAUUAUGUACUUUCAUCGAUUUGUGAUAAAAAUUCAUUAUUUCAAAACCAUAUUAAUUCAAGUUAUCACAGAUCUUGCGGCUUAAUAAAUCCCAUUGAAUUUUCAAAAAUACUUUCAUGGGAAAAAUUUGGAUUAACAGCUUAUUGUAAUGUUUGUAAUAUAUCAGAUAUAAAUGCAAUAGUCUUUAAUACUGGACUCACAGUUGAUAAUCUUAUUAAAUGUCACGAAUGUACACAAAUUGAAUUAAUCAAAAUUGAGUCUUUAUAUAGAAAUUUGGCUAUAAUUAAACUUUUUAGCUGCUUAGAAAUUUUUUUAAAUGCAUUUUUUGACAAAGAUAAAAAUGCUAAUUGUUUGCUAUGUUUAAAUGGAAUGAAUUCAUCAAUGCAUGAAAUGAAAAAACAUGUAGUAAGCGAUGUUCAUACAAAAAAUUUUUUAGAAAUCAUAAAAAUGCUUUUCGAUUUUCAAUUUAAUGAUUUGUUGAAUGGUUACAAUUUAGAGAAAAUCAUUUCUUAUUUUAUUGAAAACAAUUUUACAUUGAAAUCAAUUAAAAAUAUAGAGUAUCCACUUGGUAAAGAUGUAAAGGAAAUGGAUACAAAAAUAUUAAAAGGAGAGGCGGAUGUCAUGAAUUGUAAAAAAUUAUUAACCGACACAAAUAAUAUAAAUAAUUCCUUAGAAAAAAAUAGUGUAUCGAAUCAUAAAUUUGACUCAACUAUCAAUGUAAAAAAAAAAAAUUUUGUUUCUGGAAAAAAAAAAUUAAAUGGAGUCGUUAAGGAAAAUUUUAAAAAUGGUGAUAGCAGCGAUGAUCAAAAAUCGAAAAAUAAAAAAGAAAUAACCGUACCGGGAGUAACAGUGCUCGAAGUAACAGGUAAAAAAGAUGUUAAACUCAUUAAGGAAAGAAACGCUAUGAAAAAUUUAAUGGAUGAAUUAAUUUUGAAAUCAUCGUCGGAAAAAUUUAUAAUCAAAAAUAGGAAAAAAGAAAAUAUUCUAUUGGGAAAAAUGGAGGAAGCAUUAAAUGAAAUUUAUCCAAAUAUCGCGUUGAAAAUAUUCGGUUCGAGAGCAACGGGAUUAUACUACGAUAGUAACAGCGAUGCAGAUAUUUAUUUGAGUAAUUUGUAUAACGAAAAGGAGGUAAUUCCGACCAGACGUUUUCUCAACGUUACUUUAAAAAAAAUGAGAAGGGUCUUUAAAUCAAAACGGCGACAAUUUACAAAAAUAUGUCCCGUGAGAAAAGCAAUAGUUCCCAUAUUGAUUCUUACAGAAAUUUCGACGGGUUUACAAUGCGACAUAUCAUUUAAAAACGGUUUAAGUGUAAAUAAUUCACGGUUGAUAAAGUUUUUCACGAGUUUAGACGAACGAGUCAAACCCAUCAUGUUAUUCGUUAAAUAUUGGAUAAAAGAUUAUGGUAAAAAAUCAAUUUUAUCGAGUUUCGCACUGACUUUAAUGGUCGUUUUUUAUUUGCAACGAUUAUCUCAACCAAUAUUGCCAACCGUCGAUGAACUCGAAAAAAAAUUCGUUGGAAAACGUAACACUGUUGCCGGUUGGAAUUGCGAUUUCGAUGACAACAUUGUUAAUUAUGUGUACAGAAUAAAAAAUUCAAAUUCCGUUUUAGAUUUAAUAAAAGGUUUUUUCGAAUUUUACAUUCAUUUUAAUUAUGACGAAUACGUUAUAUCUCCACUUGAUGGAAAAUUAAUAUCGAGGAUAUCUUUUUAUUCGGAAUCGAUGAAUGUUCCUUUAUCGUACAAAAAACAAUUUCACAACAUGCAGUUAUCGAAAUUGAAAACAUUAUUUACUUCUCCGAUGUGCAUUUUAGAUCCCCUAAAUUUUAGUUACAAUGCCGGGUCUUCGGUGUCAUCACGAGGAAAAAUUGAAUUUAUAUUAUUAUGCACGGAGGCAUUGUAUUAUUUGGAAAAAAAUAACGACUUGAAUUAUUGUUUAAAUGUAAAUAUAGUUGAUAAAAAAGAAUGA